AUGCCCGUUUUACUUUUCCUGGUAGACACGUCCGCGUCCAUGAACCAGCGCAGCCAUCUGGGCACUACCUAUCUGGACAUAGCAAAAGGCGCUGUUGAGACUUUUAUGAAGGUACUGUACUGGCGGGACCCAUCCCGCUCGGCUCGGGUGACAUUUCCUCUUUUUUUUCUGGCUCAACCUGUCAACAACAACAACAAAAAAAGUCCAACUCUUGGGUCUAAAUCAUCUCUACUAUCUCCACAGCUCCGAGGCAGAGAUCCGGCGAGCCGAGGGGACCGGUACAUGUUGGUAAAUUAUGAAGACAUUCCGUUCGGGAUCAAGGCGGGAUGGAAAGAAAGCCACGCCACGUUCAUGACGGAGCUGAGGAAUCUGCAGGCCACCGGACUCACCACCGUGGGCCAGUCACUGAGGACCGCCUUUGACCUACUCAAUCUAAAUAGACUAGUGACUGGCAUUGACAACUACGGGCAGGGAAGGAACCCUUUCUUUCUCGAGCCAGCUAUCAUUAUCGCCAUCACCGAUGGCAACAAGUUGACCACCACUGGGGGUGUCCAAGAUGAGCUCCAUCUCCCCCUGACGACGCCCCUGCCGGGCAGCGAGCUGACCAAGGAGCCCUUCCGCUGGGACCAGCGUCUGUUCGCACUAGUGCUGCGCAUCCCCGGCCACGCGUCAGUGGAGCCCGAUCCGGUCGGCGGCGUCCCGUCCGACGACUCUCCCAUCACGCCCAUGUGUGAAGUCACUGGAGGGCGUUCCUACAGUGUGUUCUCCCAGCGCAUGUUGAAUCAGUGUCUGGAGUCUCUGGUCCAGAAGAUCCAAAGCGGGGUGGUUAUUAACUUUGAAAAGACCGGGCCUGACCCUCCCCUGUUGGACGAUCCUCCUCCUGAGGCAUUAAAGCCUGGCCCGCAGCCUUGGCACUGCUGCCACAAACUCAUCUACGUCCGACCCAAUCCCAAAACGGGCGUUCCUAUCGGACACUGGCCCGUCCCCGAGGCCUUCUGGCCGGAUCAGAACUCCCCCACGCUGCCCCCCCGCUCGGCCCACCCGCACGUUCGCUUCUCCUGCCUGGACGCCGAACCCAUGGUGAUCGACAAGGUUCCCUUUGACAAAUAUGAGUUGGAGCCCUCGCCGCUCACUCAGUACAUCCUCGAGAGGAAGUCUCCACACACCUGCUGGCAGGUAUUUGUUUGCAACAGUGCCAAAUACAGUGACCUCGGCCAGCCCUUCGGCUACCUGAAGGCCAGCACGGCGCUCAACUGCGUCAACCUGUUUGUCAUGCCCUACAACUACCCCGUACUUCUGCCGCUUCUGGACGACCUCAUCAAAGUGCACAAGUUCAAGCCCACACUCAAGUGGCGGCAGUCCUUUGAGAACUACCUGAAGACGAUGCCUCCGUACUACAUUGGGUCCCUGAAGAAGGCGCUGAGGAUCAUGGGAGCUCCCAACCUUCUGGCUGACAACAUGGAGUACGGCCUGAGUUACAGUGUGGUCUCCUACCUCAAGAAGCUAAGCCAGCAGACCAAAAUGGAGUACGACCGCCUGAUCGCCUCCAUCGGGAAGAAGGUGCCGCCUGAGUCAGGCAUCAAGGUACGGUGGCGAGGCGGCGGCAUCUCGCUAGCACAGCGCAGAGACUUCAUCCAGCAACUUCAGAGUCUCUCGGGUGAUGCCCCAGCGCCACCUCUUGAGCUCAACCCAAAAGAGUUCCAGGGCUUUCACCUGGCGCUCCUCAACAAGGGCUUCAAGCCUCAGAGCUUCCGGAACCCUUACGACAUUCCCCGAAGUCACUUGCUGGACCAGCUCAGCCGCAUGAGGAGAAACUUUCUCAACACCACAGUCUGCACACUACGAGGCUACGACGCAGAUCAGCUCCACAGCGUUCCCAUCGCUCAGAUGGGGAAUUACCAGGACUUCCUGAAAGCCGCUCCCCAGCCCCUCCGAGACGCCGACCCCGAGCAGCCCAAGCGCCUUCACACCUUUGGCAAUCCCUUCAAGCUGGAUAAGAAGGGCAUGAUGAUCGACGAGGCUGACGAGUUUGUGACCAGUCCUCAGAAUAAAGGGAAGAGGCCCGCAGACAACAAUUUGACGGGCGGCGGACCUAAGAGAAGGCGCUGCAUGUCACCCCUGCUGCGCCUAGGUCGGGCCUACACGCCCCCCAUUACUCCCCCAGCCAGCCCUCGACCUGACUCAGACGUGGACAACAGCGACGGAGAACCUGAUCUGAUCAUCAACCACCUCAACCAGAACCACUGCAGCGGCACGGACUCGAGCUCCGACUCGGACACCUUGGAUCCCGCUGACCCUCAGGAAAACCACUCUGACUCGCAGGAUGGCCAGCACCGGGACGAGGAGGAGGAGGAGGAGGAGGAGGAGGAGAACAGUCAGCUGGGUGAGGAAGAGGAGGCCAGGCCAGAAGUGAUCCUGGCGGGGGAGCACCAUCCCAGGUACCUGUCUCCCACCACUCUGAAGAAACACAUCCACAACGAGACCACCAAAGUCAACAACGAGCUCAAGGGGCUCAUCACCAAGGAGAUCAGGAAGCCCGGAAGACACUAUGAAAAGAUCUUCUACUUCCUAAAGCAGAUCCAAGGCACCUUGGAAACGCGGCUCAUCUUCCUCCAAAAUAUCAUUAAAGAGGCAGCCAGAUUCAAGAAGCGCGUUCUGAUCGAGCAACUGGAGAAUUUGCUGGAGGAAAUCCACACCAGGUCCAAUAACACCAACCACGUGGAUGCACUCUGACCACCGCCUUGUACCCCCCCCCCCCCCCCCCCAACUGAACUCCUAACCAACCCACUAACAAAGAGGACUUCUAUUUUCUAUUCGGUGGAUUUUCAGCCUGGAUGACGUGAGCAUUCUCGUAUGACGAACGUGACGAUUUCCUGUGACGUUUUGGAGCAAACGGGUUGUGGUUUCUGUGAAACCGAAUUGCUCAGUCGUCACAGCCGCCAAUCCAGAACUUUAAGGAGCACUCGACUGCUCGUGUGACUUUUUAUUUAAGCGGCACUUUGAGGGUUUUCUUUCAAAUUUGACUCUCCACCAAUACAAGCACUCCUUGUUAUUGAUCCGACAAAUAGAUCGACAGGACUGAUCGGCGGGCAACAGUUGGGCAAGUUGCUUACUGAUGAUCAACUAAUUGAUGAAUUGAACGAAGGUGACUGAUAUCUUGGAAAGAAGCCACUGGUGACUGACAGUCUAAGAUACUUGAUCAACAGAUGUUUGACCAAAGGGCGACUGACCGACAUCUGCAAAUCCAUUCACUGGUGACCAAUGGACAAAUUACUGACUGGCGGUCAAGCAACAGUCGACGAAAUGGUUGACCGAAGGGCUACGGACAUUUGACAACCAAUGGGCGACCAGGUUGACCAACUGAUGUCUUGCAAGCAACUGUUUCUAGACUGAUGGUCAACCCUUGGGUGACUUUCUACUGACCUGACGGGAAACCAAAGAGCAAACGAGCGGCUGGCAACUGAAUGAACUGAAAAAGAAGUGACCGCUGACAAAUGACGAAGACUAACUUUGGCGAAAGCUAUUGGACUGGUGACCAACGGACAACCUAAGAGCAAAUAAAUUUAACAACAGGAGACAGUAGAUCAAACGAUCUACAACCUACUUAAGCUGUGCGUGUCACACGGCGAGCAGAAAUCGAUGUGAUUGGUCGAUGGUUGAUUAACAGGGACAAAAAGCUCAGGAAGUGGCAUAAAAUCUUGAACUCUCACAUGCACUUGUGUACAAUUGCAGACUUAUUUAAUGUAAUUGAAAACAACGCCUUGUUGUAGAUGUGAUUUUCUUUGGACAGCUUAAGAAAUCUCCAAACCACGCUAACAUGAGUUGCUUUGUAAUUUCUUUUGGGCGGGCACUGCAAAACACAAAAAUGUGAUUAGAUUUAUUUGGCGCGGGUAAUGUCAUCUCUAGAACCAUGCAAAAUCAGGACUUGCUUUCCAACUGGGACCAAAAUCUGCCAUAGGUGUGUUUGUUUGUUUGUUUGUUUGUUUGUUUGUUUGUUUGUUUGUGAGCAGGCUACCAAAAGAGUAUUUUGAAUACACUGUAAAGCUGUACAUAACUCUAGAGUAAUAUUUAAAAGAUGUUGUCGUGGUGGAGAAAAUAAUAAUGGCCUUUUUGUAAGUAUUUCCAUGAAUAAAAGUCUCUAUUUUACACUGUGAAUGGCCACCGUCUUAAUAAAGUCUUGCUAUUGCUAAAGACGUUAA